ACCUGCAUCCCAGUUACCUGUCUGUGACUGAGAAUCAGACCCAUGACCCUUUGGUGCUCGGGCCAAUGCUCUAACCACUGGCCAGGGUUAUCCAUUCCUCUUUUGAUUGGAGCAUUGAAUCUAUGCAAGUACAUUGCCUCAACACAGCGACCUGACGGGACCUGGCGCAAGCAGCGGAGGGUGAAAGAAGGCUAUGUGCCCCAGGAGGAGGUCCCAGUGUAUGAGAACAAGUAUGUGAAGUUUUUCAAGAGCAAACCAGAACUGCCCCCAGGGUUGAGCCUCGAGGCCAUUGCUCCUGUCAACCCAUCAAGGUCUGAAGGUGGGGAACCAGGCCUCUCCAAGACAGCCAAACGCAACCUGAAGCGGAAGGAGAAGAGGCGGCAGCAGCAAGAGAAAGGGGAGGCAGAGGCCUUGAGCCGGACUCUGGAAAAGGUGUCCCUGGGAGAGACAGCUCAACUCCCCAGUGCUCCACAGGGCUCCCGGGCAGCCCCGACAGCGGCCUCGGACCAGCCUGACCCAGCUGCUAUCACUGAGAAGGCCAAGAAGAUAAAGAACCUAAAGAAGAAGCUUCGGCAGGUGGAAGAGUUGCAGCAACGGAUCCAGGCUGGAGAAGUCAGCCAGCCCAGCAAAGAGCAGCUGGAGAAGCUAGCAAGGAGGAGGGUGCUGGAGGAGGAGCUCGAGGACUUGGAGCUCGGCCUGUGAGGCCUUUGGGGAAUUGGGAUGGACUACAGAACAAACCAUGGGGCUUUCUGGGGUCCUGGGGAAUAUGGGCAGCAGCAGUCAGGAGGGGUACCCCCCCCAUACUGGCUCACUUCCAUCUCUCAUGGCCCAGCUCUGCCAUCCAGAGCCUAGCCUCGCCCUCAUUCCUUCCCUUUUCUUCCAAACUCCUAUUUUUUAGACGUUUCCCCUUCCCAUUCCCAGUGUUCAAAAAUCUCAGUGACUCCCCUAGGUUCCUUUGCUGCUGAUUUGGGUGUCUUAUUCAAAAGAAAAUUGGGUGGGUGGGAGUCUCGGGAACUGAGGUUGAGGGUAGGGGGAGUAUGCCCAAGUCUUGGAGUCUUGGUUCCUGUUCACAGUGUUUAUGGGUUAUUUCCCCCUCCAGCCCUGA